GGAGCCUUGGAACUGUUGGCCUCCAAGAAGCAUUGAGGAAGACACCAAAGGGGAUCAAAACAAAUAGAGAAAAGAAAAUAAAAUGGAAUACAUAGAAUUCACAGCUAUGGCGACUGAAACUUCAGUUGAAGAGCUAGACCUUUCCGCUCCGCCGUGCCUGCACGUUAUAUCCGCCUUCCUCUUCAUGGAACCGCCUGACGUUGUCAUCUCCUUUGCCAGGGAUUUCGACAGAGGUCUGAUCUCGGACAGAGUACAACAUUUUAUCUGGGAACACUGCAUUAAUAGAACUGAUGCUAAGGCCUACUCCCCUUACGUGAGAGGUUUUUUGAAGAGACUUAUUUUUGAAAUUGAGUCAAGUGGUGAAGUCGUUAUUGAUGAGCUUUACGAGAAAUAUGUAUAUUACAUGUCUAUGAAGGUAAUCUACUGUGUGUUAUUUGAUGUAAAGUUAUGUUAGGGGUAAACCGGGGGUCUUAUCAAGUUGAUAAUUUAGUGGUGGAUGUGCGGAGGAAAAUGGAAGGGAAAUAGUGGGCGAAAGUAUGGAGGGUGUUUUAGGAGUUCUUUUUUGGUAUUUUAUGGAAGAAAAAGAAUAGGAUUAAGAAGGAGAAAUGGAGGGAUAUGAAAUGGAAGAAAUAUCACGGAUGGAUAAAACCAAGUUGGUGUUAGGAGAUAUUACACACUCUUAUCCUAACUUGGGGUUUGAAUCUAGAAUUCAAUUAAGAUAUUACACACUUAAUCAAAUAUCUAGAACCUAAAACUCACACUUAAGAUAACCACUCUUAAGAUAUAGAAUUAGGAAUUUGGCUAAAAUAGCAUCACACUAUUUUAAUAAUACUCAAAGAGUAAAUGGUUUUCAAUAUU